AUGGUAGCAGCAGAUAAACUUGACUGGAACAACCUCGGCUUUGAGUAUCGUGAGACAAACGGCUAUAUCAAGUACACUUGGACCCCAGAGAAAGGUUGGGAUCAGGGAUCUUGGGAAACCGAUUCCCUCAUGAAGGUGCAUGUGUGUGCCUCGGGAUUGCAUUACGGUCAGCAAUGCUUUGAAGGUCUCAAGGCUUUCAAGACCAAAGACGGACGUGUUCGUGUUUUCCGACCCCAAGCCAAUGCAUCACGUAUGAGACGCAGUGCCUCAGCAGCAUUCAUGCCUGAGGUGCCUGAAGAACUUUUCAUGGAGGCUAUUCACAAGGUCGUAAGCAAGAAUGUCGAUUACGUUCCACCCGCUGAGACCGGUGGCUCGCUCUAUCUACGUCCUUUGAUCUUUGGUAGUGGUGCAAUGAUUGGUAUGGGCAUGGCUCCUGAAUACACAUUCCUUGUCUUUGGUACACCUGUUGGCAGCUAUUACAAGAGCGGUGUCAAGGCCGUUGAUGCUUAUGUGGUCGAUGAUUACGAUCGAACUGCACCUUUGGGUAUGGGCUCAUACAAGCUUGGUGGCAACUACGCUCCUACUUUUGGUCCCAUGAAGAAGGCUGCCGAAAAGGGUUUCGCUAUUACUCUUCACUUGGAUGCCAAGACUCACACCUACAUUGACGAAUUCUCCACAUCUAACUUUGCAGCUCUCACUGCACCUGAUGAGAAUGGCAUUCGUACCUUUGUCACUCCCAAUUCAAGCAGCAUCCUCCGAUCAGUCACCCGCAUGAGUUUGGAAGAUAUUGUUACCAAGCUUGGCUGGAAGGUCGAUGAACGCCCUAUCAAAUUCAGCGAGCUCGAAGAGGGUAAAUUCGAAGAAGUUGCCGCUGUUGGCACUGCUGUGAUCAUCACCCCUGUGAAGAGCAUUACUCGUGGCGAUCAAGUCAUCAAGGUCGGCAAAGAUGAAAACAUUGGCAAGGGUUUCAAGACUUUGUACGAUUAUUACCGUGGUUUGCAAAAGGGCGAGAUUGAAGACUCCUUUGGCUGGCUCUGGCCACAAGAAGGGUUGUGA